AUGCAAGCCGACGAGUAUUUCAACACUCAUCCUCCGAGCUCUAGCCAGACAACACGCGCGGCCCAGUCUAUCCAUGAGACGGGUGCGCUCAUAUUCUCUAGUCCUCGUCGCCAUCUUCGUGGCCGCAGGGGUGGACUGAGGGAUAUGCCUGAGAUGCCACUGGAUAUUCUCUUCGAGAUUUUUGGAUUCCUCCACCCGAAAGACCUUUUGAACCUCUCACGAGCGACGAGGGAAUUCAGAGCUCUCCUUAUGAGCCGGAAUUCAGCACCAUUUUGGCGAGAAGCAAGGAAACUUGUCGAGGGCCUACCGGAGCCUCCUUCGUAUUUAAGUGAGCCUGCAUACGCUAACCUCCUCUUUUGCGCACAUUGUCACAACUGUAGCAAGCCCAACAUCCAGGCUGUUCACUGGCUAUUCUCUGUCCGAUACUGUGAUCCAUGCCGGAAAGCUAUGUUCAUCGAUGAGAGCGAAGUGUCGGCGUUCUUGAUGAUAGCGUUCCAAAACGCAUACCACCUAUACGUGAACCCCAGAACCAAUCGGCGCCCUUCCAAACGGAAGUAUCACAAGCCCGAGAUUGACGCUCUGAAACGGGAAUGGACUGAGCUCCGGAAUGAUGAGGAGAGAACCAGGUUUAAGGAAGACAGGGCGGCAUUCGUCAGGGAGAGUCAGAAGCACUGUGAGCUCCUCUCAGCGUGGCAGAGGUUAUGCCAGCAUAAGAGGUCAGAGGAAGUAUAUGAGCUGAAGGGGGAGCGGUUCAAAGCUAUCAAAGUCAGACUGCGUGAGGAAGGCUUUGGCGAGGUGUUUGAUCACAUGCGAUACUCGGAUCUCGCGGACCUCAAGAGGAUGAGCUCCGUGAACAGAGCGUCCAAACUCACUGAGAAAGGAUGGAACAUCAUCCGCACGUCUAUCGUCCAGUACAUGACGUCAGUCCGCGAUAAGUAUCGUGCCGAGGCGUCGUACAGAAAAUACCUCAAACGUUUCCAAAACCUUUUCGAUGCCUAUCAGUCUUCGAAUACUCCACGUACUCAGGAAUGGGACUACGAGCCGGGGUUUUUUGAUCUCGCGACUUCACCAGCGAUCCGGGGCCUCCUCGAGGACGGGUCUGGCAACAUCACUCAGGACUUUCAUAAUUUUUACGUUCAUAUGUCCGACUUCGCAAAGACAUGGAAGGACCACUACUGGAACAUCUUUACCCAGCUCGCGGUAAAGGGUCUAGGCAAAUUUUCGGCUUCCCUAGAGCAGGACACCCUUCUCAACCUCGCAAUCGUCUCUUUUGUCUGCAAGCGCUGCCAUCAACGACAACUACGCUGGCCACACCUUCUUUCUCAUCGAUGCUUCCGCGAUAGGUCAAGAAUAGAGCCGAAAGGCACCAACGAACUCCUCGCCGCACAGCAUGUGCGUUCUGACCAUGACGCCCGGUACCGGGGAGAGGAGCUUGUGGUGUUCGACGACCACAAUAUUGUCACUCGUACUAUCGUCUCCCUGUGCGGCUUCACGCCCGAAUUGGCCACUUGUUAUGAGAUGAACGAUCAAGAUGUAAGCGUUAGGCUUGUCUGCUCGCUUUGCCCAACGGAGGGCCUCGAAAAGUGGCAGGUCUUUGAUUGGCAGGCUGCAAUACAGCACUCCAUCGCCUGCCACUCAACGGAGGGCGUCAACGCUGCAUCCUGCUGGGGGCGCAUCUCGCCUCGCCAGGCCGCCCUCACGAAGGCCCUGGAACGCUUGCUGGCGCAGCGGAACAGCACCCUCAGCGCGCUCUCGCAUAACCCGAUGAACGUAUUCGGCUGUGCGCUUUGCUGCUCGAAUGGUUCGAUCGACAACAUCCGUAACCAUUUGUUUUCUGUACAUAGAAUUUUAAGCCCCAAGCUCGGCGAACACAUGUACUUGCAUGAGGACUCGAAGCCGUGUGGCGCGCCCUCUGUGUGGAUGGAUUUGUUUGCGCAGCCGUUUCUCAGCAGUGUCUAUCUCGUGCCUGUCCUUGUUUAG